UGGAGAGACACUCAGAGACGCCGACUCACAAGGACUUUAACUGGAACCAACUUUGCAGGCAAACUUCUGAAUCUUCUGCAGCUUUUAAAGUUUUAUUUCAUUUGGCUGCGAACGGAGACACACACUCCUGUGUUUGCAUUAUUCUGCCUGUCAAGUCAUUUUCUACUCAACAGCUGCAAUGCUUCCAUUCUACCUUUUGACUUUUGCUGCCGCCGUCCAAGCCCACAGCCAGCUUUUACCAGGCUCCUGCAACUUUGAGUCGGACACCUGCGGAUACACGUCAGACGCUGAUUUUAUGAGUUGGACCCUUAACAAAGACGGCCGUUUUGUCAUAGUGGAUGCAGUCCUGGACGAUUACGAGGAGGGUGAAACAAGGCCAGAUGCCAGACCGCAGAGGGAAAACAGGGGGAUCCUGCUGAGUCCAGUUCUGGACCAGGAGGAAUGGAGCUGCCUGAGGCUUGUCUACCAGAUCACCGGGUCAGGGAGCCUGGAGGUCCGUCAGCGCAGGGAGGGCAAGAGCUUUGACAGGCCGCUGUGGAGCAGCCAGAGCCCCUCAGACAGCUGGAUCAUCGCCAGCAUGGACCUGCAGAACACCACCGAGCCCUACAGGGUGGUGAUUGAAGGUCGACCCGCAGAGGCCGCUGGGAGCAGCGUGGCCGUCUUUGAGCUACACAUCAGCCCGGGAUACUGCUUCGACUGUGAUUUCGAGGGGACUCACCUGUGUGGAUACAGUAACCAGUGGAACACCAAUGUGAACUGGUACGUGGGAGGAGGUUUGGCUCAGUCGGCCCGGGGCAGCUUGUCCAACGACCACACCUACAACAACAGGACAGGCCACUUCAUGUACGUGGACUCCAUCUACGCCAAGACGUUCAAAGAGGUCGCCAAGCUGGUGUCUCCCAUGACCACGGUGCCCAUGUCGGGCUGUCUGACUUUUCAGUACCAGCACGGCGAGGAGCAAGGCCACCUGUUCUCUGUUUACACCCGGGACCAAGUGGGCCAGUACCAGGAGCUGUGGAGAGCCGAGCCGGAGAGGCAGAGCGAGUGGGCGGCGACACCCGGAGAGUGGAUCCCUGUGCAGGUGGACCUGAAGGCUCCCUACUCCCUGCAGGUGGUCUUUGAAGUGGCGUUUAACAGCCCGAGAGGCGGCCGUAUUGCAAUCGAUGACAUCUCCUUUUCCCCGGAGUUUUGCAGUGCAGACACAGAGCCGACCUUUGACCCCUCCAUCGCCAGCUGCGAUUUCGAGUCAGGUUUGUGCCACUACACGCAGGACAACGUGCUGGUGUCGCCAUGGAAGAGAGUGUCCGUCAAGCCCAACAUAUUCAGGAACGGAGACCACACCACCGGGGCAGGAUCUUUCCUCUUGGCCCACUCGCGGCUGAAUCCCCGCUCUGGCUACGUUAGCCGCUUGAUCGGGCCAACGCUGCCUGGCAACAUGAAGUUCUGUCUGAGGUUUUACUUCUCACUGAGGGGUUUCAACCAGACAGAUCAGGCCCUCGCCGUCUAUCUGCAGCAUCACAACAAGACCCAGGAGAAGAUCUGGACUCAGGGGGAAAAGUCCCGAGGCAUCUGGAUCGCAACAGACGUCACUUUCCACACAUCACAGCCCUCCAAGAUCAUGUUUGUCAGUACCUGCAGGAGCUUUUGGGACUGCGGGUCUGUGGCUCUGGACGACAUCAGAGUGACUCUGGGAGACUGUGAGCUAGCAGCAGCAGGGCUGCAGCUGUCGGUCCCAGGGCACUGUGACUUUGAGGCGGGACACUGCGGCUACACUCAGGACAAGCAGGGCGACGCGGGGGACUGGGUGUGGAGGAGAGGACCCACCCCGACCUCGUACACUGGGCCAAGAGGGGAUCACACCACAGGGCUGGGUUACUACAUGCACAUCGAGGCGUCGCCCAUGCUGCCCGGCCAGAACGCCCGCCUGCUGUCCCGCACGCUCAGGGGGUCCAGGGGCCCCCAGUGUCUGCGCUUCUUCUACCACAUGUACGGCUCGGGCACGGGCCAGCUCAGCGUUCACCUGGACAAGGAUGGCCAGGAUGUGUUGCUAUGGCAACGGAGCGGGGAGCAGAGCGUCGCCUGGCUGAGGGCCGCCGUGGAGUACCAGUGUGAGCUCCAGCACAAGGUUGUGUUUGAAGCCACCAGAGGUUCAUCAGUACGGAGCGACAUAGCCAUUGACGACAUUGUGUUUGAGAGUGGACCUUGCCCAGAAGCUGAGGUCAGGGCCACCUUGGGAACCUCAAACGAGAUCGAGUAGGAGGGACGGAGGGGAAAGCUGUGUAGGAUGCAUGAAGCAAAUACAGUUUUUUUUUUGCACAUUUUUGGACAUUUCGGUGUUCUUGAUUGAGACUGUACGGUGUAGCUCUCUGCGUAUCAAGUGGAGCAUAUCAAAACCAUUCCUGUAAGCCCUUUUAGUCCUGUUUCAUGGAGCAACGCACAUAUCAUUGGGUCGGAUGUCGCUGUUGUAGUUGUAGUCAUAGUCGGCGUUUCCCUCUGCAUUGUACCGAUACAGGGUGUGUCAAACUGUGUUUUUUUCCCCACAUUUAUAUGCAUUAGAUUAAUGCUCAUUGCUCAAAUAAAGGGAGAUGGUUAUUCAA